UAUGAGAGCCGGAUAUGCUUAAACAAUUUUCGUAUUUUGAAUUAUGAAAUUUGUUUUUUUUUGUAGUCAGACUAAUUUGAAAAAUAUUAUUCAUAAAUCACAAAUCUGACUGAAAAACAAAGCACAGUUGGAAUUAUUACGAAAUAUUUCACCACUCACACAGGCAUAUUUAAGCUACUAGUCAGCGAGUUGUUUUGUUUUAUUUUCGCAAAAUACGACAGCUAUGUUCGACGAGUUUUACUUCCGAAAAUCUCUCCGACCAAGGGAAUCCCAAAACCAUGUCAGAAAUGCGGCUUGCGAAUACAUUUUAAAAUUCAUGAAAACUGAAGGCACAAUUGUCAAAACUUAUCACUUGGGAUCUAGUCUCGAGCCAUGGGGAAGAAAAUUUCACGAGAGAAUAGAUCGAACAGUUUUUGAUCAAGAUUUGACACCAUUCGUCAAGUAUACACUGAAUAAAAAGAAACGAUGGGAGGCCGAAGGGAAUCCUGAUAUUCUGUAUGGGCUUCAGAGGAGCUAUCAGAAUAUGGGUGUGAUGGUAGCAGAAAGAGUUAGUCUUAGAAGCACACCUCAUUAUUGCAUUGUUUCAAUCAACAAUUAUUACCGUAACUUCUUUGAUCAAUUCCCUAUCCGUCAUUUACAUCAGCUACAGGAUCAUAAUUAUCAGUGCCAGUCCACAAACUCAAUUCGUGGCCAACCUUUCAAAAGUCUACAACCUGAAAACAGAACUCCCACACAAGUUACUGGGCAUCAGCAAGAAUCUUCUGCAAAUGUCAGUGUAGCUUAUCACAUCAUAACGCCGCCGAAAAAUUAUGAAGUUCUACGAAAUAAAGACUUUCGCGUUGGACAUAGUGAUCGGAAUGGCAUUAGAACUAUUGCACGACGGCGGAGAUUUCAGUUCAUGAAAGAAGCAGUUUUUGAUUUGAAAAAUGAAAUACUCGAAGAUUUUGGAGAUAGUGACGACGAUGAUGAGAAUGAAAUUUUGUUAUGUGAAGAAUCUUGUGGGCCUAGAAAAUUCUACAAUCUUCAUGAUCAUCUGGUAAAAAGCAAUCACAAUGAAUGAGAUUAUAAUAAAUAGAUUUUUUAAUAUCUACUGAACAAUAUAAACUGUACAAAAUAAUUUUAACAAUUUAAACUUUCUGAAUAAACCAUACAUUUACCUUGUA